GCGGCUGUGGGCCGGAGCUGUGGGCCGGGGCUGGCGGCCCGGAGUCGCCGGUCGGGCCGGAUCCCGCCCGCAGGCCUGGCGCGAUGGGCCGCAAGGUGACGGUGGCCGCGUGCGCCCUGAACCAGUGGGCGCUGGACUUCGAGGGCAACCUGCGGCGCAUCUUCAGGAGUAUUGAAAUCGCCAAGAGCAAAGGAGCAAGAUACAGGCUUGGACCAGAACUGGAAAUAUGUGGCUACGGGUGCUGGGAUCAUUACUACGAGUCGGACACCCUCCUGCACUCGCUGGAGGUCCUGAAGGCCCUCCUGGAGUCUCCGGUCACGCAGGACAUCAUCUGUGAUGUGGGGAUGCCUGUGAUGCAUCGCAAUGUCCGCUACAACUGCAGAGUGAUCUUCCUCAACAGGAGGAUCCUGCUGAUCCGGCCCAAGACCGCCUUGGCCAACCAGGCCAACUACCGCGAGCUGCGCUGGUUCACCCCCUGGGCCCGGAGCCGGCAGAUAGAGGAGUACUUCCUCCCCCGGAUGUUACAGGACGUGACAAACCAGGAAACGGCGCCCUUCGGGGACGCAGUGCUGGCCACCUGGGACACUUGCAUCGGGAGCGAGAUCUGCGAGGAGCUCUGGACGCCACACAGCCCACACGUCGACAUGGGCCUAGACGGCGUGGAGAUCUUCACCAACGCCUCGGGCAGCCACCACACGCUGCGCAAAGCCCACGCCAGGGUGGACCUGGUGACCAUGGCCACCACCAAGAACGGUGGGAUCUACCUGCUGGCCAACCAGAAGGGCUGCGACGGCGACCGGCUCUACUAUGACGGCUGCGCCAUGGUCGCCAUGAACGGCAGCAUCGUCGCCCAGGGGGCGCAGUUCUCGCUGGACGAUGUGGAGGUCCUGACGGCCACGCUGGACUUGGAGGACGUGAGGAGCUACCGGGCGGAGAUCUCGUCCCGGAACCUGGCGGCCAGCAGGGUGAGCCCCUACCCCCGGGUCAAGGUGGACUUCGCCCUCUCGUGCCCUGACGACCUGCUGCAGCCCGUCUCUGCCCCCGUGCCGUGGACGUACCACAGCCCCGAGGAGGAGAUCAGUCUUGGGCCUGCCUGCUGGCUCUGGGACUUCCUAAGACGAAGCCGACAGGCCGGCUUUUUCCUGCCCCUGAGUGGCGGCCUGGACAGCGCGGCCUCCGCCUGCAUCGUCUACUCCAUGUGCCGCCAGGUGUGCCAGGCCGUGAGCCGCGGAAAUGAGGAGGUGCUGGCUGAUGUGCGGCUCAUCGUGGACCAGAGCGGCUACAUCCCCCAGGACCCGCGGGAGCUCUGUGGGCGCCUGCUGACCACCUGCUACAUGGCCAGCGAGAAUUCCUCCCAGGAGACGUGCCGCAGGGCCCGGGAGCUGGCCGAGCAGAUCGGAAGCUACCACGUGGGUCUCAGCAUCGACCCGGCCGUGAGGGCCGUCCUGGGCAUCUUCAGCCUGGUCACGGGGAAGAGCCCCGCCUUCGCCGCGUGCGGAGGGAGCAGCCGGGAGAACCUGGCCCUGCAGAAUGUGCAGGCUCGUAUCCGGAUGGUCAUCGCCUACCUGUUCGCUCAACUGAGCCUUUGGUCCCGGGGCUCCCGUGGGGGCCUGCUGGUCCUCGGAACCACCAACGUGGACGAGAGCCUCCUCGGCUACCUGACCAAGUACGACUGCUCCAGCGCGGACAUCAACCCCAUAGGGGGGGUCAGCAAGACGGACCUGAGGGCCUUCGUCCAGUUCUGCGCGCAGCGCUUCCAGCUCCCUGCCCUGCAGGGCGUGCUGUCGGCGCCGGCCACCGCAGAGCUGGAGCCCUUGGCCGACGGACAGGUGUCCCAGACAGAUGAGGAGGACAUGGGCCUGACCUACGCGGAGCUGUCCGUCCUCGGGAGGCUCAGGAAGACGGCCAAGGCGGGGCCCUACAGCAUGUUCUGCAAGCUGCUCCACAUGUGGGCCGAAACCUGCAGCCCCAGGCAGGUGGCUGAAAAGGUGAAGAGGUUCUUCUCCAAGUACUCCAUGAACAGACACAAGAUGACCACGCUCACGCCCGCCUACCACGCGGAGAACUACAGCCCUGAUGACAACAGGUUUGACCUGCGGCCCUUCCUGUACAACUCGGCCUGGCCCUGGCAGUUCCAGAGAAUCGACACCCAGGUUCUGCAGCUGGAGUGGAAAGCCCAGCAGGACCCGAAUGACCUGGACCGAGGGCCGACGGGGGCGGUGGACGGCCGGGACUGAGGCCCCACCCCUGCCACAGCCCCACGGUGGGGAGGAUUUGCUGGGGGGAGAGAGAGA